CUUCAACCUGAGACAGUAUUGAACUACGCGCAGUAUUCGACUUUUUAAACACGAGGGGUUGUGAUCUUACAUAUGGUGUCCCAUCAGGAUGUGUUUAAAGAUGAUAUUGUUUAUUACUUACAUGAUGACUCCAAAUGCGCGUUUAUUGGCUCUGUUGUGAUGGCAGAUGACCGCUUACAGCACAGUGAGACGGAAAAUGGAUAUAAAAAAAGAGAUGAAAAAGAUCGCAUGGUUAAGAUUAACUGGAAACAUUUUGGAGAUGCCAACUUCGCACCCAGCAGUCUAAAACUAAGUCAAGUUCAUUUUCUUGACAGAAGUUAUAUGCCUGGAGAGGUCGUUCAAAAUUUAGAAACGGAUACAAUCGGAACUGUUUCAAAUGUCUACCUGAGUGCUCAUGUUGAAAUAUUGGGUUACCAAAGGGCUAUUUUUGAUGUUCCUUGUAGUCACCUGAGAAGUGUCUAUGUAAGUAAAUUGUAUCUCAUCUUUGUACAUUUGAUUACAUUUUUUGUUUAUAAGGCGUGACUUUCUACAGCUUUGAGUAUCCAACUACGUGUCUAUUGAAUAUUCUUUCUGUUAGUUGCAGUAAUGGUGUUUUUCUGAAGUAAUGGUCAUGUAUCACUACCAGUCAAAUUGUAAAACAACUAAGAUUGUAUGAUCAACAGAGUCCUGCUUCGCAUCACCACAACCUCGUGGUUUUGAGAUAAAAACUUUCUCAUCCUCAUCACAUCGCGAGCAGUUUUUCCAUUUGCUGAAGUUUUGC